CCACAGACUGAGAAUCUUCUCACUUCCUUCCCACGGCUCACACAACAGUUGCGCUGCGUGGAACAUUUGACGUGGAAGAAGACAAAGUUUUCGUCGAAGAUGGGGGCCAAAUUCAUGAAUUUCGCCGCUACUGCGACCUUGCUGUUCGGUGCGUCGCUAGUGCACGCUGUCCCGUACUCGCCCAGCCUGCACACGGGCACCGCCUUGGUCCUCAUUGACAUCCAGAACGACUUCAUCAAUGGCUCGCUCAAUAACCCCCGUGCUCCAGCCAUCUUACCCAGGGUGUACAAGCUACUUGACGACCACGAAUGGCCAUUUAUCGUAGCAUCGCAAGACUGGCACCCCAAAGGUCACGUGUCCUUUGCCUCGGCCCAUCCCGGGUCGCAGCCCGGGGGCAGUGUGCAAGUCCAGUUCGUCGAGACGCCGUUGAAGACAGAAAACCAAAGCCUUUACGCAGAUCACUGCGUACCAGGUACAUGGGGUGCACAGCUCGAGACCGGAAUCCAGUCUCGAUUGUGGGAUCUCGAAGGUUACCGCGCGCCUGUCCACUACAUCAAGAAAGCGCAAGACCAUAGCGUGGACUCGUACUCCGCGUUCGCAGAUAAUCAAUACCACCGCUUCACGACGCUCAACUCUGAACUCUCGCUGCACAGCAUUAGUACGAUAGUGAUUACCGGGUUGAUCACGAGCGCAUGCGUGCGGGGGACGUCUAUUGAUGGGAUUAAACUCGGCUACGAGGUCAUUCUGAUUGAGGAUGCGACGGAGAGCAUUUCGGCCGAAGAUAAGGCCAAGGCAAUCACGGAAUUGAAAGGCUGGGGGGUCCAGGUGAAGAAUUUGACGGAUUGGGAAGCUGAGAACGAGAGCGACAGUAAUUGACGUGGAAAGGUUUGUCCAUGGUCAGUAGCAAAGAAACAACCCAACACGUGUUUAGUAGCAAUGCAAAAACCGAAGUUUACGCUCCG